CAUUUCUGCACCGGGGAUUUCACCCGCAGCACUCGAUAACAUGCGCUCUCUCCAAGAGGAAUUUGAAGCCCUGACGCCCAAAAAAUUCACUCCCAAGAAUGGGGAGUUAUCGCAGCACCGUGAAGGAAUCGUUCUCCUGGAGACAGACCUUGCAACUUCACCACCAGUCUCCAGAUGAGAAGAGGGAGUGGGGAAUUGAAGCUGUCCAGUUAAUCACUCAUACCACCCCCUCUCAUUCAACUCGGAGACAUAAUCCCUCAUUUCCGCAUGGGGCAGCGGUGAAUAGGGAAUACGACAGUAGAUACUGUUAGUUGCGAAAUCUCUCAAAAGGAAGGCCCUCCCCCGCCGCCGUUAAGAUCUCUAAGUUCACUUUACUACCUUCUAUCGGAAGAGCAACACCAAAAAAUGGUCAACAGUGCAAAUAUACUUUAACUAUAAUUUUUAUGUCGCUUAUACGUAUAGCACUCUUGUUAAGAUCUCCAGGUUCACUCUUAAGUUCUGACGGAAAAAACAAACAUGGCGAACACAGAGAAUGUGAGGCGCCACCAGGAGACGAACCGGGCGCGUGGCCGGGGAAGUCGAGCUGCGACCGGUGCAGAGCCCGCCGCCCCUGCUGUCUGCUCCGCCGCCGCUGCUGCCCCCGCCCCGCUACCUCUGUUGGCCCUGCGCCCCCCAUUGGCUCCGCUAGCCAUGCUGCGCCUGCUGCCCCCGAUGGCCCCGAUAUCUCUAUCCCAGAGAGAAGAGCUCAAUAACUAUGAUUUUAUGAGUGAGAGUGAAUAAUUAAGAUAAUAUGAUAUAUUCGGGAACCUGCUGUAAACGCAUGAUUGCAGAUCACCUGGCGUUUGCUUUGUGCGCCGACAAAAAGCAGAAUAGGUCAACGGCGAGCCUCGUUGAAGCUUGACUGACUGCUUGAAGAACUGGAGGGUACCGAAAUCUAUCAACAAUUCAUGCCUAAUCUUGAAUUCCUGCUGCCUGGAGCACUUUGUCUACUACCAUUCCUGAGCAUUUCCGGUUCCCGAUUCCGGUUUUAAUCAUGUAUUAGGAGAAAUAAGUGGCUUUACGUUGUUUAAUCUAUAUCCUUUAUAUAAGGCAAUAGUAGUACC